CAUCGGCCGGGCCCUGACGAAGCGUCUCCAUGGAGCUGGACAAGGAGCCGAAGUUUAAACCGGCUGCGCUGUCCCCGGCGGGACCCGCCGAGCCGCCGAUGGCCGGGGAAGUGGCGGGGACUCCGGCCGCCGCCUCGGGAAAAGCCGAGGCCUCGGUGGAAGAGGCGGGCCCGGCGGCGGGCGGCGGGAGCCAGGCCGAUGGGGAGAGCGCGGACAAAGCGGCCGAGCCGCGGGACGGUGGCGGCGGCGAGGAAGAGGAUGACGAGGAGCAGCAGGCCAAGAAACUGCAGGUCGAGCCGCCCCGGGACAAGAAGGACAAGAAGCAGAGAGUGGACGAAGAUGAAAUCCAGAAGAUGCAGAUCCUGGUUUCGUCAUUUUCAGAGGAGCAGUUAAAUCGCUAUGAGAUGUAUCGCCGCUCUGCUUUUCCCAAAGCUGCGAUUAAAAGGCUGAUUCAGUCAAUCACUGGCUGCUCAGUGUCGCAGAACGUAGUGAUUGCCAUGUCGGGUAUAUCAAAAGUCUUUGUGGGUGAAGUGAUGGAAGAAGCUCUCGAUGUCUGUGAUAAAUGGGGAGAAACACCACCAUUGCUGCCAAAACACAUGCGAGAAGCAGUACGACGGCUGAAAUUGCGCGGACAAAUCCCAAAUACAAAGUACAAGAAGGUGUCAUUCCAUUAACAAGAAACCAGCACAAGUGACUGUUUAGACUCUGAACCAAAACUGAACUCUGAACUAAGUGCAUCAGUGAGUUCAAUGUUGUCCUUUGUGAAUUGUGUUGAGUCUCCAACCAGGUUUGUAUUUUUUACAAAUUGAAGAUGUUCAGAUUCUGGGAGAAUAUAGAUCCUCUGAAGGAGAUUGAAGUUUUGCAAAUCUGUUUAAUUUGGUAAACCACAUAACAUCCACAUUUUUUGGUUUUACUGAAUGAGCAAAAACCCUUAUGAAAUGUUUUUGUCCAAUCAUGGGCGCUUUGCUCUACUUUGACAAGGCAGCUUGGUGGAGAGAUAUUAUUAUGAGACUACUUGACAUUCUGCUCCAGAAUUGCACAGCUAAAAAUUGUGAAUACUAUAUUCUGCAGAUACGACUAUAAAUAAAGCUUGGACAGUUCAGAUUAAAGUUUAUAUUAUGCAUU